AUGAAUAAACCUUUACGAACCUCACACCCAUUAUUUAAAAUUGCAAAUAAUGCAUUAGUUGAUUUACCAGCUCCUAUUAAUAUUUCAAGUUGAUGAAAUUUUGGAUCUUUAUUAGGAUUAUGUUUAAUUAUCCAAAUUUUAACAGGAUUAUUUUUAGCCAUACAUUAUACAGCAGAUGUAAAUAUAGCUUUUUAUAGAGUAAAUCAUAUUUGCCGAGAUGUAAAUUAUGGUUGAUUAUUACGAACUCUACAUGCUAAUGGAGCAUCAUUUUUUUUUAUUUGUAUCUAUCUACAUGUAGGACGAGGGAUAUAUUAUGGAUCAUAUUUAUUUACACCCACAUGAUUAGUAGGAGUAAUUAUUUUAUUUUUAGUAAUAGGAACAGCUUUUAUAGGAUAUGUAUUACCUUGAGGACAAAUAUCUUUUUGAGGAGCUACUGUAAUUACAAAUUUAUUGUCUGCAGUCCCAUAUCUAGGAGUAGAUUUAGUCCAAUGAGUUUGAGGAGGAUUUGCUGUUGAUAAUGCAACUUUAACACGAUUUUUUACAUUUCACUUUAUUUUGCCAUUCAUUGUUUUAACUAUAACAAUAAUUCAUUUAUUAUUUUUGCACCAAACUGGUUCAAAUAACCCUAUUGGAUUAAAUUCAAAUAUUGAUAAAAUUCCUUUUCAUCCUUAUUUUACAUUCAAGGAUAUUGUAGGUUUUAUUGUUAUAAUUUUUUUAUUAAUUUCUUUAGUAUUAAUUAACCCAAAUUUACUUGGAGAUCCAGAUAAUUUUAUUCCAGCUAAUCCAUUAGUAACUCCUGCACAUAUUCAACCUGAAUGAUAUUUUUUAUUCGCUUAUGCAAUUUUACGUUCAAUUCCUAAUAAAUUAGGAGGAGUAAUUGCAUUAGUUUUAUCAAUUGCAAUUUUAAUAAUUUUACCUUUUUAUAAUUUAAGAAAAUUUCGUGGAAUUCAAUUUUAUCCAAUUAAUCAGAUUUUAUUUUGAAUUAUACUAGUAACAGUAAUUUUAUUAACAUGAAUUGGAGCUCGACCAGUAGAAGAACCUUAUGUUUUAUUAGGACAAAUUUUAACUGUAAUUUAUUUUUUAUAUUAUUUAAUUAACCCAUUAGUAAGAAAAUGAUGAGAUAAUUUAUUAAAUUAA